GUCUCCUCGUGGAACCUGAACGCAACGCCGUCUAUGUGUUUGGGGAGUGCACCAGUUAAAUCCCUCCCCGGAUUUAACAACGCGCACCUUGACUGCUUGUAAACAGAAGCUCACACGUGACGCUGAGAGCCCGAUUGUCUGCGAGCGGACAAAGAGCGACACAGUCAGCGCGAGCAUCGGGUGCAGGUAAACGAGCAGGUGUCAUGACAACCGACAUUAUCAAGCAGACUUUCGUCCGUCGUUUGCGCUGCUGUGUCCGAGCGAGUCUGGCCGCUUGAACUUCUUAAUGUCUGGAUCCCAAAUCCGAGCGUGUGGAGGGAUACCGACGUUAGCUGCGUUUUCUUCAGCUCGCACGCAGCUGGCAGCGGGUAAACAAAGCUGGACAGCCUUUGUUUCACCUCCUAAUUUAGCUAGUCGGUCCAUUCGCUUCAACUGCGCCAAAUCUUACUUUUCUAGCUAACCGUAGCUAGCAGUAGCUUCGACAUCUGAUUUGUUUUCCUUUUUUAGCCAACGUUAAUCUGGUCUUUUUUCACUGGCUGGAUGAGAUGUCAUUCACGAUGGAGGAUAACUUGGAGUCCGAGUGGGUGUCCGUCCGACCCAAAGUCUUCGACGAAAAAGAGAGGCAUAAAUUUGUCUUUAUUGUGGCCUGGAACGAAAUCGAGGGGAAGUUCGCCAUAACCUGCCACAACAGAACCGUGCAGAGACGGACUACUUUUCUUCUGGACCCGCUUGUUGACGUUGCCCCCGCUUGCACUCCGCUUCUUUCCCCCGGUGCCUCCGUGGCAGAGAAACACACAAAAAGUAAGACAGAUGAAGUCUGCCAAGCGGGUAAAGUUAGACCACUUGCCGUUCCUAAAGGGAGGCCCACAACUAAGGCUGUUGUUGCGGACAAAAAUGCUUUAAAGACAUCAGAGUGUGUCAGUCCCACAUUAGGGUCCUGGGAUAUUGUGACACCGAAAGUAAUGGAAAUCGAGAUCCUGGACCCAGUGAAUGUCCAUUUCUCUGCGGAUGAUGCUGACCCAGUGGACGGGGACGGUGACAGCAGUGGUCGUGAGGACUUCAGCUGGGCCGGGGUGUUCUCCUUCCAGGACCUAAAGGCAGCCCACCUCCAGCUGUGCGCCGUCAACUCGGACUUGGAGCCGUGUUUACCCUCCUUCCCCGAGGAGCAGUCCGGCGUGUGGUCGGUGCUUUUUGGUGCCUCGGGGGUGUCGCAGCGGGAGACAGACGCCCUGUGCUACCAGCUGCAGGUGUACCUGGGUCAUGCCCUGGACACUUGCGGAUGGAAGAUCCUUUCAGAGGUGCUUUUCUCCGAGAGCGAGGACACGGACGAGUACUACGAGAGCCUGAGUGAGCUGAGGCAGAAAGGCUAUAAAGAUGCUCUGGAGAGGGCCAAGAGGCGCAUGCAAGAGGUGUUGGAUAGACACAAAUCCAUGGACAGCAUGGUGGAUCUGCUGCAGGUGUACCCCGAGGAGGACGAGGCGUAUGGAGAGCUGCUGGAAGCAACAACUCAGCUCUACCACUACCUGCUUCAGCCUUUCAGGGACAUGAGGGAACUGGCAAUGUUGCGCAGACAGCAGAUUAAGAUCUCAUUAGAGACGGAGCGCCUGGGUCCUCGCCGAGUGGAGAGCCUGAGGAAAGAAGAUGAGGAGUGGCAGAAGAAGGCUCACGCCGCCGUUCUGUCCAUACAAGACCUGACUGUCAAGUUCUUUGAAACCACGACUCGGGCACAGAAAGCUCUGAAUGAGCGGAUGCGUGCUGACCAGAGAAAGUUUGGCAAGUCGGCAUGGGCAGCGGCGGUUGAACGCAUGGAGAGGCUGCAGUACGCGGUUUCCAAGGAAACUUUGCAGCUGAUGAGGGCCAAGGAAAUCUGCCUGGAACAGAGGAAACAUGGCUUGAAGGAGGAGAUGCAAGGUCUGCAAGGUGGGGAGGAAGCCAUGCUGCGUCUGGACCAGCUGGAGGCGCUGUACUACGAGCUGCAGCUGCAGCUGUAUGAUAUUCAGGCAGAAGUGUUGCGCUGUGAAGAGCUGCUGCUCACUGCACAGCUGCAGAGUCUACGGAGGCAAAUGACAGAGCGACAGGAUGAGGUGGUGUACUACGAUGCCUUUGAGAGCCCCGAUGCCAUGAAGGGUGAAGAAGAUCGUGCCACCCCACCAUCCCCCCUCCGAGAUGAAGGACUCAGCGUCCUACAGCAGAGGACACGGCAGCUUGAGGCCCGCAGGGGCCGCAUCACUGCCAAGAAAGUCUACCUCAAAAAAAAGAAGGAAAUCUGCAUUGUCAAUCACAACCAGAAGAUACAACAUCAACAAGGUAGCCAUGGCAAUUCCCUGCAGACACUGCAACAGGAUGGUGAAGCUGAGGAAGAUGAUGAAGCCAAGAGCAACGCCAGAGUGAGUCAGGAGAGGCAGAGGACUCUGGACAGACUUCGCAGCCUCAAACAGCGUUAUCCCGGCCAGGUGACUCUGAAGUCCAGCCGGCUGCGUCUGAGUCAGCCUCACAGCCAGAGGCGAGCCGGACAACAGCCCAGCACUCAUUCGGCCAGCGUUCAGACGGACUGCAUCUCCGAUCUCCCAGAACUCUCUGCUCCUCCUCCACCUGAUGUCUGCAGCUGCGACAGCGUCUCUUUACCUACAGUCGAACUCAAAAAUCUCGACUCUUCACCUCCAUUCCUCUCACUGCCUCCCCUUUCAGACUCUCCAUCUAUUCUUUCCCUGGGUCCUCCUCCUCCUCCACCUCCCCCGCCUCCUCCGCCACUUCCUCCCUCGGAGGAGCAGCAGCAGCAGGGUAAGGGCAGGGAGAAUAAUCCCAGCCCAGUGCGGCACCAUGAACACCAGUCGGAAUCUUCCUCUCUGCCCCUGGCUCCAUUUUCCCCUCGCUUCUUUGACAGCAGUCAGCUGCAGACGGCGAGGAAGAAGCUGAAGAAGACGGCCUCGCUGGACUCGUCUCAGUGGAGGAGAGCGAGCUCCCCCAUGGACGAGGUGCUGGCCUCUCUGAAACGUGGCUGUUUCCACCUGAGGAAGGCCGAGCUGCGAGUCCUGGCCCCCGACCCGGACGACGACACCGACAACAUCCUGGCUCAGAUCCGGCAGGGUGUCCGGCUGAAGAAGGUACGGACCCGUCCGGAGCAGCAGCGUCGCGCUAAGGGCUUCCCCCACUCGGCCGAUGCUCUGACCCGCAGCAUCCACGAGGCUCUGAGGAGAAUCAAAGAGGCCUCACCGGAGUCCGAGUCUGAGGACGAAGGCCUCCCAUGCACGGACUGGGAAAACUAGUUUGGCUUUUAGGAAGUUUUUUUUUAGUUUUUUUUUUGGGAUGCGUGGAGCCAAAA